AUGGACCCACUUAACUUCCACACUACCCUCGAGGCAAUCAAAAUCCUCAACGCCAGCGAGGGGCCCGCCUCUAACAUCUUUGAACCAAAGUUUGAGGCACGUCGCCAGGCAGUGCAGUUACGUGAGACGAUUGUGAAUGUCUACCGUGCUGAGGCCUCCCCUCGCGCGCUCGAGCAACUUUGCCAAUGUCUCGUGUUCAUUGGCAUUGCAAUGAUGGAGGUGGAGGAGGAAAAAGAAGGCUACGAGGAGGUUCGCCGUGCUUAUCAAGUGAUGCAGUGGCGCGCAGCAGCGGUGCUUCCAUCCCCCGAUGAGGUUUGUAAGGUGCAGGCGGUAGAGCAGGACGCCAUUCUCAACAGCACUUCAGUCACGUGCUCAAUGACAGCGUCCUCUGGGUACGCAGGGUGCGUGGAGUACAUGGCCGUGCACAACGCUCUCGGUCUUUACCUUUCCAAAGUGGACCUGAGCAAAGCCAAGACGGUGCUAGACCGAUCAGAAGCCCUGUACGACGAGUGGGCCGCUUGGUGGGAAGGCCAGCCAGUCCACUGUAGCAUUACAGAGGUGCCCCUCAGCGAAGACGGCACCCUCCGCACUGGCGAGAUCGCGGCCGACCGUGUAGCGCCGACACUCUUGCGCUUCUACAUGGACAGCAGCUACACCGCUACGCUUUUCUUCAUGGCACAACUGCAUACCACUCAGCAGAACACCACCACCGCCUCCCAGUACUGCCACCGUACUAUGUACUAUCAGCUGCUGAACAAACAGGAGUUCAACAGGAAGUCGUGGGCCACCAACGCUCUUCAGCUCAGCGGGUUCUACAGCAGCCACUUUGCCUACGACAAAGCUUUUCACUGCCUUGUCGCCGGGGAGACAUUGAUGCCGGUCAGCGAGGACCCAGAAGACGCCAAGGGACUGGUCGCAUGGGCCUUUGGUCGCUUCUACCUUCACCGCCUGCACCACUAUGGCGGACUUCUUACAGGCCGCGAACCAGGCAACGAGAACGAUGACGUGGUAGCGCAGCUGGAGAAAUCUUGGCGAGACUUCCCUGGGAUGCCGCCGCUGCAGACUCAGCCGCCUAUUAUCACCUUCGAUGAGGCGCGCACGUGCUUUAAGGAGGGAAUCAAGCGGCUGCAGGAGGCGCAGGCGUGUCGCCCCUUCGAGUCGUUCUGCACCGAGCACAUCGACAUUGCGCGCGAUAUGGUGCAGCUGUACGCCGCGCUGCAGUUGUUCGAGCCCAACCGCGCACGCCGCAUCGCCAUGACGCAGCACCAGGUGCAUCUACUCGAGGAGUUCCCAGAUCAGCUCAGCUUCAACGCCUAUCCGGUGGUGGUGCGCCAGCUACUUUACGAUCUUGGCUCCCUCUACGAGGACCAAAUGCGGAUGAGGGUGCAGCAGCGCAAACAGCCAGAGCUCGAUGAGAAGCCGCUUAAGGACAAGGCGUUCAACGCGGUGGUGCGCAAGACACUGGGGUACUACGAGCGCUUCUGCGAAACAUGGCGCCACCCCACAACGCACGUCCUGCCGGAUGUGUUGGAAGAGGAGUCACGCCUGCCCUUCUUCAGGGCUUUAAUGCGUCGUGCCCAGGUGCAGCUCAGCUACAUACACCGCACCCCCAAGGAGGAGUAUGAUAGCAUCGGCGUCUCGUGCAAGGCUUAUAACCGCGCCAUUGAAUUCUAUGACAAGAACCCGCUAUCAAAAGAGCUGGAUGCAGAGGUGUCGAAGGAGGUGGAGCUGGCCCGCGAGAUGCUGAAACUGCUACCUGCGAAGCAGCAUAACCUGUGGAUUGCCUUUCAGCGCAACUCCGCAUAG